AUGCAGCCGCAAACAACCCAGGUGGAAAUCCACAAUGAAAGAAAGCACACUGGAAAAAUUGAAGAUGCUAAAGCAAGAAAGUUCUACCAGCCAUUCGAAAAGCCGUAUGACGUGCAAAUGCAAUUGAUGGAGCAAAUAUACAAAACAAUCGAUGGCGAUUACAAGGUUGGCAUAUUUGAGUCGCCCACAGGCACGGGAAAGACCCUUUCUUUGAUCUGUUCGGCAAUGUGCUGGUUACGACAGUAUAAAAAGAUGGAAAGAGGCGCAGAACUCAAGAAAAAACUCGGCGCAAAGGAGGAUGAUGAACCGGCGUGGGUCCAGAAGGCAUACGAGGAAAAGAUAGUGGGGCGGGCGGUGCAAGAUGCCCGGCAGUAUGAGAAGCAUCUUGAGCAGUUGGAGAAAGAAGGUGCAAGGAUGAUUUCCGGCAGUCUCGAGGAUCCAGGCAUGCACAAAGCACGCGGAAGUGUUCGAUUCGUGAGAAAACGCCGCAAAGAACCGGGCGGUGCAGAUUUGAGCAUGGACGACCUUGCACCAGAGGAUUACACGGACCACAGUGUGGAAUCUGGACAACCAACUGUGGCUUCAUCUUCCAUACAGAAGCAGUACUCGCAAGUUGAGCAAGAGGUGAAGAAUCUCCUCGAGAAGGUGGAGCAGCGGACAUCCGUACACCAGAAAGUGCCCUCCCAGAGCAGCAGUGCGAUGAACGAGUCACCAAUCAAGAUAUUCUUUGCAUCCAGAACACAUUCCCAACUCAGCCAGCUUUCAUCACAGCUGAGGAUGACUGAUUUCCCGUCCUCGAUAUCUGGGGUGCACGAAAAAAUCAAGUAUCUACCUUUAGGCUCGAGAAAGCAGCUUUGCGUGAAUGAGGAAGUUGUGAAGUUGAAAGAUGCGCAGCUGAUGAAUGAGAAGUGCCUUUCGAUGCAGAGAGGAGGUGGGAUGAGCAAAUUGCAGCGAGAAAAAGACACGCAAAACGAUAAAUUGGGCCAGGAGCAUCUGCCAAAAGACGAAUCAUGCCCGUUUAUGGUUAGAAGAAGCGUUCCAAACGAGGCUGAACUCAUGGAUGAGGUCCGGGAUGUGGGAUUUUCGGCAGUCCACGACAUCGAGGACUAUGCCAGCAUAGGUGAGGAGCUCAGAGCUUGUCCGUAUUACAGUAUUCGAGAAGGAGUGCCUGUUGCAGAGAUUAUCUCUCUUCCGUACCAGUUGCUUCUUCAGAGAGAGACCAGGGACUCGCUUGGCAUCGAUUUACACGACAGCAUCGUUAUUAUCGACGAGGCACACAACCUAAUGGAUGCAAUAAGCAGCAUGAACUCCUCGAGCAUCUCGUUUGGCGAAAUCAAGCUUGUUCGGCGUGCCAUCAGGCUUUACACGCACCGAUUUUUCUCCAGGAUGAAUGCCGGAAACCGCAUCAACCUCUCCAAGCUCUACAAGCUACUCUCUUUGGUGGGCAAGUUCAUCGCACGAGAAAUAGACAGGUCUAGAGCCAAACCAGGCACUGAAGUUGAUGCCAGCGAGAUCUUCGCAGGAACAACUGGCGAUCUUCUCAAUGUGUACCCUCUCCAAGCCUACAUCAACAACUCGAAGAUCGCCUUUAAGCUCCAGAGCUACAUGGAUAAGAUAACGGAGAGCAGGCGGGCUUCCGCCCCAUUGCUUUUCAAAGUGAGAGCGUUUAUGUCAUCUUUGGCAAACACAGCAGAGAGCGGCAAGUUCUUUUUCGAUGUUGACAAGGAUGCAGGCGGCGAAAAUGUCGAUAAAAUCACCUUAAACUACCUUCUUCUAGACCCAAGUGAGCCGUUUGCAGACGUGGUUCGGGAUUCGAGAUGUGUUCUUCUUGCUGGAGGCACAAUGCAGCCAAUGAGCAACUUCACGGACUUUCUUGUGCCGUAUAUUGACAAAAGCAUGAUCAACACGUUUAGCUGCAGCCACAUUAUUCCCGAUGAGAACUUGGAGGCAUACACGAUAUCCAGAGUGGGGGAAACAGCCAUGGAGUUCACUUAUGGCUCCAGAAAUAGGGCAGACGUCCUCAACGGCCUUGCUGAUGCAUUAAUCCGCAUUUCGGCCUCUGUUCCUAAAGGUGUGGUUGUCUUUUUCACCAGCUACCAGUACUUGGAUCAGGUAUAUGCACACUUGCAGAAGUUGAACACCAUCCAGAAGCUAGAAAAGUUCAAGAAGGUGUUCAAGGAGUCCAGAAGCACAAACGUGGACGAAAUUCUUCGAGAUUACAGCUCGCAGAUCAACGAGGAUGAUCAAAAGGGCGCAAUUCUUCUUUCUGUGGUCGGUGGAAAGAUGUCUGAAGGCAUAAACUUCUCAGAUGACAUGGCGAGAUCUGUGGUAAUGGUUGGACUCCCAUACCCAAAUAUUAAAAGUGGUGAUUUAAUAGCCAAAAGCAGAUACAUUGAGCGGAAAUCCCUACAGCACGGAGAUACAGCAAGCACAGCCAAGAGAAAGGCUAAAGAAUUGUACAAGGACAUCUGUAUGCGGGCCGUGAACCAGUCUGUGGGAAGAGCAAUCAGAAAUAUAAACGAUUACGCAGUAAUAUUCCUAAUAGACGCCAGAUACCAAACGGCUAAUGUGAAAAAUGGAUUGUCCCAAUGGAUUGAAAAACGAAUAAUACCGGGCAGUACCGAUUUAGACAAGUCGAUCGAGAGAACGGCAAGGUUCUUCAGGGGGAAGAGAGGUCGAACAGCGGAGAAAUGA